AUGGCUGGAUCAGCCCGGGCCACUCCUCAGCAGAUGGCUGCUACCCUCCAACAUCCUACCACUUCUAUGGAUCAGCUUGGAAACUUUCCUACCUACAACGGGCACAGUGUUUCCUGGGAAAAUCAGCAGCAGAACCACCAUGACGCUGUCUAUGCCUCUUACAACACUCCGCGAUUCGCCAACCAGCAGCAGAACUAUGCUCACAGUCAGCAGAAUGGCAUGGCUAUGUCUCACGCCUCGCAGGCGCAGCAGAUGAUGGCCAACUCUUCUUCUGCUCCCCAGAAUGCCAACAUGGCUUCUACUCCUCUGGUUGUUAGCUCCCAGAUGUUCCGCCUGCCCACCCAGAGGCCUUCCGCUACCCCCGCGAUGGCCAACUCUGGUGCUGUGAACGGCUCUCUGAACCAGAACUCCAUGGGCAGCGCUCAACGUUUCACUGGCAACGCUCAGCCUUUCAUGGGCAACAACCAAGGUCAGUAUGCCCAGGCUUCUUAUGGCCACGUUCAGAACCAUAUGGCUCAGAACGGCUUUGGCGGUAUGCAGGCUCCCUUCAUGGGUAACGGCCAAGCCUCUUCUAUGGGUGAUGCUCAAUCUUUCCACCCUAUGGCCAACAUUCAUCCCAACUUCAUGGGAAACCCUCAGGCCCAGUUCAACAAUGGCUUCAUGCCAGGUGGUGCUCCGAACCUGAUGAUGAACUAUGGUCAGUCUCAGACUCAGUUCAUGGCCAACAUGCAAGCUCCUCGCAUGGGCGCUGGUCAGGGUGCCGCCCACAACAUGCCCGGAAACUUCCAGAGCAGGCCAUCGGCCUCCAUGAGCAAUUUGCAGUCCUAUGGCCACAUGAACGCCCAGCAUGGUCAAGGCUUUCAGCCGCAGACUCCCUCAUCAGGUCUCAACGCUGCUGCCGCUCCCUUUGCUCCCACUCAGGGCGAUGUUGCUUCACAGCAGCAGGCAUCUGCCCAGGCCGCCGUGCCCUUCUCGUCUCAGAUGGGCCUCCAUGAGAAUCCCCAGAUGGCUCAGAUGGGUAUGCAGGACAGUGCUCAGACCCAGCAUGCUACUCCACAGGCCAAGCAGAAGGCUACUACCAAGCGUAGUCGUGCCGCCCAGCCUGAUAGCACCACGCCCAAGCGUCGUAACAAGCCUGUCAACGACACGUUCAUGCAGAAAGCCAACAACAAGAUGAGGUCGUGUACUCCUGCCAUGGGUAAGUUGGUUCGUCGUGUGAGUGAUAUUGCCACAGGCGAUACACUUCCACAAGACAUCAAGGUCGUGAGUAUGGCCUGCCGAAAGCAACCAGAGCAUCCCGUCGUUGGCUACCUCACCAACCCUGAGGACUAUCCAAUCACUCCCCCACAGACCUCUCCUGCAGAGCAAGCUGCCACUCCACAGGACUCUCUUACGGAGCAGCUGAUCCAACAACACCCUAUCACUCCUCCCCAGAGUUCCCCUGCCGAGCAUCUUACCCAACAGUCGGCCCAACAACCCCUUCAGCUUCCGGUUCCUUCUCGAGCGCCCUCUGUUGGCGAGCUCUCCUCCCUGUUCGUGUCUGAGGAACACACCUCUCCUUCUAUCCAAGCUCAGCUGAAUGCAGUUGACAGCCAUGUCGCUGCCUCUGUAAUAGAAGAGAGUGUUCGGCAGAGUAUUGAAGUCGACAAACCACUCAAGUUGACCAAGCGUGAGAAGGAGCUUCGCAGAGCUGAGGCAGUGGGCGAGAUUGUCCCUCCCAGCGCACGUCGCAUUGUUCGCCUCGAACGAGAUGAUCCCAGGCUACAGCGCGAUGCAGAUGGCAAUCCCAUACAGCCUCCUCCAACCCCGUAUACUGUCUUCUAUGUGCCACCUAUUGGCGAGUUGUCUCCUGAUGCCAUUAGCAGACAAACGAUUGAAUUUAUCAUGAGUCAUAUGACUGAUAAGGAAUCUGGAAACAAGCCCAAGGCCAAAGUUAAGACCAAGGACAAGCCUAAACCCAAACCCAAGUCCAAGUCCAAGGCCACCACCAAGGCUGUUAACCAGAAGAACGCCGACGGAAAGCUCACCACUUAUCCAUCCGACACGAUCACUGUCAAGAAGCGACGCAAUGCAAAAACAGCCGCUACUACCGCCGAUGCUUCUCAGGUUGGUGCUACUGACGCUGGCACCAUCUCCGAUGCUACUGACACUGCCCUCACUGGUGCUGUCCCUCUUGACAACCAUAACAUCAACGAACAUGUUGGCUUCCCCGAGUCCAGUCUAGACGACUUUCCUCUCUCUGAUCAUGCGUUCGGCAACAACAAUGGAGUCGUUUCUCAACCCGACGCUGUUUUCGUUGCUCCUGAGCCCUGCACUUUCUUCACUGCUGCUCAACCCAACACUGCUUUCGCUGCUCCUGCCUCUGCACCUAGCUUCCCCGAAAGCCAGCAUCAGACUGCCGCUGAAGUUGGUGAUGUUUCCGAGUCAUCCACUGUCGAUGAUAUCAACCUUGCCCAGUCCGGCACUGCCCAAGAUGCUCCCACGGACUAUGGAUACGGUCCUCAGUUCACUUCUGAACCUAUCCCUGAGCCUACCAACACUGCCAUGCCCGUUGUCGACACACUAGUUGAUCCUACCCUGGCUGAGCCUACAACAGUUCAACAGAACCAGCAAAUGCGCAACGUCUCUGAUGGUUUGUCUCAAGGUGCCACUGAGCAGUUGUCCAUUGACGGACCGUCUCUCGAAGACCAGAUUCUGGCCCAGACACUGACAGCCUUCCUUAAGAGUGGCGAGAGCGAACCCAACGACGCGGUACUGUUUACUGCACCUGAGUCUUCUACAGCCAGCCAAGUCUCUGUCGUGACUGAACCUUCAGUUGAGAGCCACCCCAACGUGUGCGAGACCCCCGAGUCAGACCUCAUCAACGAAAACUCAUCCGACAAGCCCACCGACUCCCCUUCUGACUCGGAAGCUGCUCCCUCUGACACUGCCGUGAUCUUGCCUGAGACUGAGUCUUCUCUUGAUGACCACAUCAGUGUGUGCGAAUCACCCGAUUCAGACCUGUUCUCUCUCUUCAACAAAAUCCCCUCAGACGAACCCAGCGACAUCCCCUCCGCCUCAGCUGAUGGUCCCUCUGCCUCAACCAAUGUUCCCUCCGUUCUGACCGAUGCUCCCUCUGUUCUGGCCGAUGACAUCUUUGACGAUGCCUUUUUCUUUCCUGACGGUGAGCCUGCUGCAGAAUUCUCAUACAUGGCCUUCUUGGAUGAGCCGCUUCCAGGCCUAUUCAACACCGAUCCUACGGAUCCGGUGAAUGAUCGCCUGGAGAUCAAGACCGGCGCCCACAAGCGCAAGGCGGGUGAGGACGGUGGUGCUGAGCCAAACAAGAAGGCUCGCACCAUUGCUCCCGCCACACUCCUCGCACGUCCUCAGUGA